CGUAUUGUCCCCAUAAAUAUACGUCAGCGUACUGCGGCUGUUUGGAGACAGCUAAGCUAACUAAAACGGUUGUUUUGAAGUUUCCACAAAGGCGUUUAAUCAUGGCGUACAGAAGAGAAAAAAGCAUACGAGACCUGUAUGAUGAACGCUUUGUACCAGAGCGAGCAGGUCCAUACCCACGGGUUGCAGGAGGUAUGGAGAGGAGGGGCCCCUUCAACAGGCCAGAUGAGGACUAUGGCCGUGGUGGUGGCUACGAGUAUGAAGGAGGUUCUCGAUUUUACCCUAAUGGAGGUGGCCCACGAGGUUACCACGAAGACCAGAGAGGCUACAAAGGCGACGGCCAUCAUUUUCCUGAACACAGAGCCAUCCCACCCUCACGAAGGGAGGAUUAUCCUUACAGAGGACCUAGAGAGGAACCACACCCAACACGGCCUUUGGAGUUUGGCACUCGUGCGCCGCCACCUCCCCAUAAUGUGCGAAGCCAGGGCAUCUAUCCAGCACCCAGAUCGCUGCCGGAGAGCGGGGAGGACACAUUAGUGCAAGCCAUCCGGAACCUGGACAGAGGGGAGGACAGAGACCCCUACAGAAGAAAGGUGGGCCUGUUUCCUCCUCUCCGAGAGCGUUCCCCCGUGCGCCGAGAGGUGGCCCACUCCCCCCACAGUCGCUCCGGCUCCAGCGUGAGCAGCAGAGGAUACUCACCGGACCGAGCCAAAAGCCUGCCUUUUCCCUCACAGCAAGGCAAGAGCGUGGACGGUCCAGAAGGUCUCGCGGGUGCUCCUGAGCACCUCUGGGGGGCGCUCUUCCCUCAACAAAGCGGACAUGACACUUUGGACAAAAUUCCCGGCUUGUCAAGAGAAGGUUCCCCACAGAGCGCAGCAUCAAACAAGGAGGAAAGCAAUCCUCCAGAGGAGGAAAAAGUGGAACCAGUUGUGGCUCCCGUUGUCGAAGAGAGCAAAAAGCCUUUAGACGACUUUGAAGAGAGACGGGCCUUGGCCAUCGCCGCCAAAGCACAAGAGAUAGAAAAGGUUUAUCGUCAGGACUGCGAAACGUUUGGAUUGGUUGUGAAGAUGCUCGUGGCCAAAGACCCAAACUUGGAGAAACAGCUGCAAGUACCACUCCGGGAAAACCUCGGGGAAAUUCGCGAGCGCUGCUUGGAGGAUCUCAAACACUUCAUCAACGAGUUGGACGAGGUGGUGCUGCAGAGGGAACCGUCUGCUUGUGACUCAGCCACUCCCUCCACAUCCAUGACUCCCAAACUCUCAAAGAUGGGAGCGAACAGCAGCUCAUCUUUCUGAAGCAUUGGCCCAAUCCACAUUAAUGCGAGCCAUGGAUUUAGGAUCGUUGGGACUGAAAAUACAUCACAGCAACUUGAACUCUGUCACACGAAUGAACAGUGUUACUUUUGAACUGACCAUUUUUACCUUUCAAGUUUUCAACA